CACUCGACUGAUGCCCCCCAUCAAAUUGAGGAUGGCUAUUCCUGGCUGAAAGAGCAGCCGGAGGAUGUCAGUUGUCAGAGGAAAAGACAAACCAUAACAAAGAAGCGGUGGGGCCCGCCAACCCAAACCGGCAAAGCGAACCCAUGCCUCAGGCUCGGAUAGCGGACCACGCGUUUCAGGGGCUCAAAAUAGCUCGGCUUCAAUCAAAAGAACAGUAUCUCGAACUAUCCAUUGUUACGGAAGCAGUGCCUAACACCUCUGCAAUUGUCCUUCAUUGUCGGGUCUGCGCUUUCAUCCUCCCACGACUAUCAUGGCAUUUAAAGCCUCGCUCGAGUCCCUAUGGGCGGCCUCGAGCGUCCACUACGACAACGCGCUGCAAUUCCUCCAAUCUCUCACCGACCCCAGUAACACCACCAUUCCCACGACGGAAAACACCACCCUACUCGAGAGCCAGAUUAGCGGGUCCAAUCUCCCCGAACUAUCCGCCAUGCCUUUCGCCAUCGAUCUGCAAAUGGUCUUAUCUCUGCUCUUUGUUGCCGUCCUACUCAUCGGCGCAUACGGCUACACCAAUCGUGUUCUCCCCGCCUCGGACCAUGAACGGCGCUUUCGUCUCCUGUUCCUCUGGCACUUGAUCGAUGCGCUCGUUCACUUCACCAUGGAAGGUUCCUUCCUCUACCAUUGCUUCUUCAGCUACGUCGCUAUCUCCCCUAGCCAGAACCACGAGCCUGUCUUCCUGGGCUACAAGGAUCGCGUCUACGGCGCCACGUACUCCACCUGGCCGACUGCCCUUCUCUGGCAAGAAUACGCCAAAGCAGAUCAUCGCUGGGGCGGUGCCGAUGCCAACAUCAUCUCUAUUGAACUCAUCACAGUCUUGUUUGGCGGCACCGCCGCCGCCACCAUCUGCUACUGGAUCCACUUAGUCUCUACCGGACGCUCGAGGAGAGAGAGCGUCGCCGAGACGAGGGGAAAGCUGUGGUUCACCAUGAUUGCGCUGGCCACGGCAGAGCUGUACGGCGGUGUCAUGACCUUCAUGCCGGAGUUCCUGACAGGGAACCCGUCGUUGUCGGGAAAUUGGUUCUAUGUCGUGGUUUAUCUCGCCUUCUUUAACCUGGUCUGGGUGUUCAUCCCUGGGUGGGUGUUGUAUGAGGCGUGGAAAGAGUGCAAGGCCGUUUUCGCCAGACACGGCAAGGAGUCGAAGAAGAUUAGCGGCAAGUGACUAGAUGAACAGAAUGUUCGGACUGAUGACAUGGCCACGCGGAGGUCCGCGGGGUUCUUUGUAUGAGUCAGUUGCAUUUGUGUGCAUGGGAAUGGGUUGCUGGAGUGGGAUGCAUGUAUAGAUGUUUUCUUUUUCUUUUCUAUAUUGUACUGAUAUGGGCUGAUUAGCGGAGUCAUGUGUUCUCAUAUAGCCUGCUCAUAUCAAAUUAGCCUGUUUCUGUGAACAUCAUAUGGAUCGCUCAUAGAUGCAUAGUA